AUGGUUUCGCUUGGUGAAUGCCGAUUUUUUCGUGCAUUAACAAUUGAUGAUAUAUCAAAAAAACCAAAUUGCAAUAAUCUUAAAUUUAAACGUGCUUUUCAAUUUCUUCAAUUCCUACUAAUUCAACGUGUUUAUGGAAUCGAUGUAAUAACAUAUCCAGGAGUACGAAAACCUGCAAAAGAUUCUCAACAAGAAGAAGAACAACAACAAAAUUAUCAAGUUUUUUUAGGUGGUUCAUGUAAUCCCACAACAUGGCGACGCGAUCAAGCUAUACCCUAUUUUCAAUCACGUUCAGUUUCUUAUUUUAAUCCACAAGUAGCUGAUUGGACGCCGGAUCUUAUUGAAAUUGAGCAUCGUGCAAAAGAAUUAGCUCCACUUCUAUUUUUUGUUAUUGAUCAUGAUACUCGAGCAUUAGCAUCUAUUGUUGAAGUAUGUUAUCUAGCAGCUCGUGGAAGAAAUAUUAUUGUUGUUAUGAAUCCAAUGCCGGAUAAAAAUCAUACAAAAUUUGUUCAACAAAAAAAUAGUAUUCAUGAAAAAGACGAUGAGGAUGAUUAUGAAAAUGUUUGCGAAGCUCGACGAACACUACGUACAUUACUUCGAAGUAUGAGUAUUCCAGUUUUUGAUGAUGUUCGGCUAGCUCUUGAAUGUGCUGCAUUUAUACUUGAAACAACUAAACAUGCAGUAGUAAAUCGUAGGGCGUUUAAUGAAGAUAAUAAAGAAGAUAAUGAUGUUCUUACGCCAUUAACUAUGUCACCGAGUGAUGUCAACAAUUCUCGGGCAUCAUCAGUUGUCGUUAUUCGUUCUCUUUCCAACAAAAUACCUUUUGAAUCACCUGAUGAUUUCUAUCGACAAAUGCGUCAGUUAGAAGCACCAUCAACUCCAUCAAAACUUUUUCAGCGACGCAUGAAUUCCUCACCAGAAUCAAAUCGUCAUCAAUUUCAUCUAACAUCUGUUUGUACAAAAACACAAUUAUCAUGUUCAACAAAUGAAAGUGAUGAUGAUGGCUAUAAUUCACUUUCAUCAAGUAAUCCUGCUUUAUCCAUAUCAUCAUCAUCAUUAACUUCAGAAUUAUUUGAACCUACUAUAGAUCAGCAACGUGAGGAAAAUUGUUUAGGAUCGAAUAAUAAAUCACCUUCUUCUAUGAUAAAUAACUUUAUAUCAACUUUUUAUUCUUAUAUUCCUUUUGUACGGUCUUCAACACAAUCGGAUCCAUCUGUUUCACAAUCAAUUUUAGUUUUAUUUACGCUUCCCUUUCGUUUUAUCAAAAACACUCUUCUUUCGGCUACCCUACCUUCAUCAUCGAAAACAAUAUUCUUUCCAGCACAAGAACCAGCUGUUUUAGAUCCACCUUUGCAUAUUUCUUCUCCUCCAUUAUCAAACUAUAUGUUUGAUAUAUAUAUAGCUUCCGGUGAAAAUGAUGAAUAUUGGGUCAAUGUAAUGGUAUUGCCAACACUUGAAAAAGCUAAUCUUACUUUUACAAAACGACAAUCUUAUUAUGAUAAUGAUCAAUCCGAUGCUCUCUAUGAUAUGCAUAUACGCAAACAAUCACGUGUAUUAUACUAUUUAAUUAAUGGUAGUGAGCGUUUAUCCAAUUUAGCUACUGAACUUGCAUUUCUUGUUGGCGAACGUAAACAUAAAAUAAUUGUUUAUCUUCAAACAACUAUUGAUGAGGAUACAGAACAAAUAUUAUCAGCAUGUGAACGACGUGAUAUUCAACGUUCGAGAAAAUAUCUCGAAGAUUUAGCACGAAAAGAGAAUAUAACAUUAUUUCAUUCACGUAAACAAAGUUGGCAACAUGUUUUAGAUUUUUUCGAUGAACAUGAUUGA